ACUGAGAAGCGCUGAUGUCUUGAGGACUUUUUCUAAGGCAGCAGGUUUGACCAAUCCAGAAUUGAUUACCACCACAAGACUUCGAAAACAUGUAGCCACAGUUGCACAGAUUUUAAGUUUAAACAAGAAUGAUCUGGACAUUAUGGCAAGCUUUUUGGGCCAUGAGAUAACAGUUCACAGAUCAUUUUAUCGCCUUCCUCAGGAAACCCUACAGGUGGCUAGAAUGGGACGCCUUCUGACAGCAUUCAACAAUGGCACAGUUGGACAGUACAGCGGAAAGUCAUUAGACGAAAUUCUUUUGGACGAGACUGCAGCAGAAUUAAGCAGCGACGAGGAAAUGGAGGAGGAGAAUGAAAACGAUCUUCAAGAGAAUGAAAAUGAUCUCCAAGAGAAUGAAGGAGAAGACCCUGAAUCUUCUGACACAGACCAUGAUGUGCCAGUAAGACAGCCACAUGCAAAACCUGGGCCAUCCACAACUGUAACCAUGUCGGGUCAACCCAAGAGGCUUCAGAAACUCGGUGAAGACCAGAGUCAUCUUUUGAAGACGCUGUUCAAAACGAAUAUUGCGUUGAGAAAGGAACUUAAGCGUGAAGACUGUGAAAGAGUAAUGCAAAAAUAUGAAAUUCUACACGGAUUGUCAUGGAAAAAAUUAAAAAACACGAUUCAUAACUGGAUUACUGCUGAAAAGCGAAAAACAAAAAUGAUUAUAUAGCUUUUUAGCCCACCUGCGCACAAUGUUCUCAUGGUGAGCUUUUGUGAUCGCCUUUUGUCCGUUGUCCAUCUUGCGGCAUCAACAUUUGCCUUGUUAACAUUCUAGAGGUCACAUUAAUCGUCCGAUCUUCAUGAAAUUUUAAUUGACGAUUUGUCCCAAUGAUAUCUUGGAAAAGAUUACAAAUGGUUUCGGUUGGUUGAAAAACAGUAAUUUACACACCAUAUACUCCAUACUUAAAUCAAUAUUGUAAUAUGCAAAGCAGCAAUGCUUAAAAGAAAUAAUACAAAAUUGGGAGGGGGCAUUACUCGUAUGAAAACAAGAUGGUGGUAUUUGUUAUAAACACGUGUAAAACAGUUGGAUUUUUUCUGGCCAAAGACAACUAUUCAUACGACCAACUUCUUAAUUUUUGCAUAACUCGUCAUAUUGAUUUCCAUUCAGAUUUACUUCAGAAAAAAUCUUUUUCAUAUCUCUGAUGCCAGAGCUAUACAUAUGUUUAUAAGGAGAGUAAAUCUGAGAUCCGUUUUCAUUUAUGAUAUUUGAAAUGGCAUGUUUAGACGAAGAUUCUCUACAAUUUUCUACAUAAAUAUAUAUAUAUAUUUUUUGUAAAAAUGGUUUCGUUGGUUGAAAAACAGUAAUUUACACGCCAUAUACUCCAUACUUAAAUCAAUAUUGUUAUAUGCAAAGAAGCAAUGCUUAAAAGAAAUAAUACAAAAUUGGGAGGGGGCAUUACUCGUAUGAAAACAAGAUGGUGGUAUUUGUUAUAAACACGUGUAAAACAGUUGGAUUUUUUCUGGCUGAAGAUAACUAUUUAUAGGACCAAAUUCUUAAUUUUUGCAAAGCUCGUCAAAUUGAUUUCCAUUGUAGAAUUUACUUUAGUUCGGAGUUGCGAACCGAAUUGACCAUGUUUUUGUUAGCAAGUAACACUGUACAACAAGGUCUAUUUUUUCUCCACUCUCAAUAAACAUGUUUUACUUACUCUGAAAUAGUUUAUGAGUUACUAAAUUCCUUUGAAACAUUGGACCAUUUUCUUUAUUAAUAGAUCAUACUUGCACAAUUGUUGUUAUGUUAUCUUUAUGGUUAAGGCAUUGUGACAUGUAUAUUAAUUUGAUUUUUAUGCCCCCCGAUAGAGGGCAUAUAGUGAUCGGACCGUCCGUCUGUCUGUCUGUCUUUCCGUCACACUUUGCGUUUAGGUUUCGCAUUUAGGUUUCAAAAAAUGCUCAUAACUUCGAUGUCCCUUCAGAUAGCAACUUGAUAUUUGGCAUGCAUGUGUAUCUCGUGGAGCUGCACAUUUUGAGUGGUAAAAGGUCAAGGUCAUCCUUCAAUGUCAAUGGUCAAAUAUAUCACUUCAAAGCGGCGCAGAAGGGGCAUUGUGUUUAUGACAAACACAUCUCUUGUUUCCAGAUGAUAUUGUCUGAACUUGACAUUAGUUCUAUGUGUGAUGAUUAAAGCAUUGUGUCAUGUA